AUGAGUAGCUGAAGAAAAAGUGACAACCAUGGCAAACUACGCUGCCGGGCUGCUUUUCGCUGCUCUUUUUAUAUAUUAGCAGUACAUUCGGCACGAUAGUUUUUCUCACCCCUAUCUUGCCGUUGCUGGGACUCCGCCCUUCACUUGGUAGAAGGGUCGGUGAUGUGAUUCUGUCAACCUGGAAGGUGUACGCCGUGGCCCUUUAUGAGGUGGUUUUUGGUGUGAAGAUGGUGUUUACGGGCUCUCCUGGCAAAUCCUCUGAGGGCUCUCUAAUUCUGAUGAACCACAGAACCCGUCUGGACUGGCUGUUUUACUUCUCCUAUGAGUUGAGAUAUGGCACAAUAACAAGGGGCAAGAUCAUCCUCAAGUCAUUGUUAAAAAAUAUCCCUGGACCAGGCUGGGCCAUGCAGUGUGCAAUUUUCCUGUUCCUUCACCGCAGAUGGGAGAUGGAUAAGCCGCUCAUCUCUAGAGUGUUACGUUAUUUCAGGAAUCUGGACUACAGACCUCAGAUUCUACUGUUUCCUGAGGGCACAGACCUAACAGAGACGACAAGAGCCAGAAGUGAUGAGUUUGCUAGGAAAGAAAACUUGUUGUCUUAUCAACAUGUGCUUCAUCCUAGGACAACAGGCUUUGUCUAUAUGGCCAAGAAAAUGAUGAAAGGAAAUGGCUUGGGGCAUGUGACUGAUAUUACCAUAGCUUAUCCACAAAACUUGUGUCAAAACGAGACAGAUCUGAUCGCUGGCAACUUUCCACGGGAGAUUCACUUCCACAUGACCUCUCAUCCAAUCAGUGGCCUUGACACAUCAGAGCAAGGCCUGAGCGACUGGUGCCAGAAGAUCUGGUUGGAGAAAGAGAAGAGACUGCAGGAUUUUUAUGGUGGAACUAAGACAUUUACACAAACAAAUUCCACUGGGGAUCACUCCCCGGCCAAUUCACGAACAUUACAGAUCAAUUUGUACAUGUAUGCGGCCUUGAUAUUUUGGACAUGGUUCAAUGUUGCGUCUAUUGUGUUACUUCUGUAUUCAUCUUUGUUUCGCUGGUAUGCCUUUCUGUGUUCCCUCAUCUUCUUUCUCAUUGGUUAUUGUUGUGAUGGUGUUGACAUGUUUCAAGCAAAUCUGGCCAAUGGCGCACAGGUGUCCUAAUGUAUGGUGUCCUUUUUUGAGGCAAAUAAUUGUCAUUUCAUUUGAUGCUGAAACUAGAUUUUUUUUUGUAGGAUAUCUUCCUACCAUCCUAACAAACCUCAAAAAACCUUUCCAAGAUCAACUGAACUCUUUAACAGAAUCAGGCAAAAUGUGCCUCUUAAUCAUGGGCAAAACUUUCAGUCAUUUAGCAUGGGUAUUUUGUACCUGUAUGUUUGCCAUCACGUCUUUAAGAUAGUUUCUGUAUUCAAGGUAGAGUUGUAUAUUAGAGUAUGUACAUUGUAUAAAUAUAUACCCAG